ACAAAGGCAGUACUUAAGCCAGUGGCGCGCUCUUCACAUACAAGCUGUUGUACUGUAGCGGGUUGUUAAGGACCGUCUGUGUUUAUCGUGCAGUUUCCGUGAAAACAUGAGCUCCAUCAGAAGACCCAAGCAUGCAGAGAACCCCUCUGAAAACAUCAAGAAGUUCCUUGUAGCGCCAACAUCUGGAGCUGGAUCAGGGAGGAGGACGCUGCAGGUCCUUCAGCCAUCUGCUGUCAAUAAGAACCUUGGUCGUAUCAUUGAGAAUGGCAAAGCGGUUCCAAAGAGAAAGAUGUGGAGCGCUGAGCAGGCGAAGGGCUCGAAGAGGAUCAAAGCAGAGGUGGCUGUAAAAUCCACAAGUCCAGAGGAUGAAAACCAGCCUGAGAGGGUCACGCAAGAGGCCUAUGAGCUCAUGAUCAAAGAAACUCCUGGGUCCUCCUACUGGAAGGAAGUAGCAGAAGAGAGGCGGAAAGCCCUGUUCAGUGUUCUCCAAGAGAAUGAAAAGUUGCACAAAGACAUUGAACUCAAAGAUGAACAGAUUGCUCAGCUGAAGAGUGAAAAUGAGGAGUUACAGGAGCUGGCACAGCAUGUACAACACAUGGCUGACAUGAUUGAAAGAUUAACUGGUAAGAGUCCAGACAGUCUAGAGGAGCUGCGUGAAAUGGCCUUUGACGCAGAAGACGAGGAGGAAGAACAUGAAGAGGAACCACAUGGAGAUGAGAGUGAAGCUGAUGAGAGCCAGGACAGUGUUGAACUGGGCACAGAAGAGUCGCAUGACCAUAAUGUGCCACACAAGGAUGACUCCACAACCAAUGAAAGCUGAAAUGGCACCUGAAAAAUAUUGAACUGAAAAGACCCAUUAUGGACCUGUUUGGUUUUAUUUGAACGUUUCUUUGCCUUUGAGAACCGAUAUGCACCUUUGUUUUAAUCCUUUUACCCUUGCUGUAAAUGAGCUUUUAUUUUCAGUACCUGUAGUUAAUGUGCAUGUUCACUGCCAGUGUACAUAUGUAAAAUUGAAUGCAUACAAUGGAAAUAAACUCAUAUUUUGUA